AUGACAGACGGUUACUGGAAUCGGCAACAACCUCCCAAUCUCUCUUCCAGUGGCAUGCUAAAACGACCCCGUUCCGACUACGAUAUGCCGUCAAGUCAUGAGAUGCAUAACUAUUAUUCUCGGGAUGAUGAUCGCACUAGGUAUGAAACUGUGAAGGACAGUAAGAGUAUCGGAUCAGCAUACGACCGCUACCUUCAAAAUGCACAAGCUCCUACUUUUGCUUCUAGAGAAGCCAGCGCAUUAGGAGGAGCGGGGUUUGGAAGGGGUGUUGGUGGUGGAAUGAGUGGUCUUCCUAUAGCUGAUUCUGCUGUAAUGGGUCGCCCUCGUUCUGCUGGUCAAGACCUGGCAUCAAAUGGCAGAGAUGUUGGUUUUGUUCGUCAGCGACCAGAAGAUAGAGUUGCUAGGUCUGAUCGUGAAAUGGCACAUCUACCUCCAGAUGCUUCCAAUACUUUAUAUGUCGAAGGAUUUCCUCCUGACUGCUCAAGGAGGGAAGUGGCUCAUAUAUUUCGUCCUUUUGUGGGAUAUAAAGAAGUUAGACUUGUGAGCAAAGAAGCCAGACAGCGUGGUGCAGAUCCUAUUAUCCUUUGUUUUGUUGAUUUUGUAAAUCCAGAAUGUGCGGCAACUGCAAUGAGUGCCUUGCAAGGUUAUAAAGUUGAUGAACAUGAUCCUGAUUCUAGGUAUUUGAGGCUGCAGUUUUCUCGACACCCAGGCCCAAGAUCUGGCCCUGUAAGUCGUGGAAGGAGUGAAAAUACCCGUCGCUGGAACACCUAG